AAUUAAAUUAUUUCCGAUCGCAAAGUACUCUAAACCGGAAACCAUGGUGAAUCUGAAUCUGCCUAUGAAGAGAGGAAGAGAGUUGGAUAGCAUCACGGCGGCCAUGGCGGAUUGCUUGAUGUUGCUCUCCCGGCAGCACGCGACGGCGGGGGAUUUCUCGUCUGCAAUGAUGGCGGCGGCGGCGGCGCCAGCUGCUUCCGCCGGAGGUCGUGUUUUCGAGUGCAAGACGUGUAACCGGCAGUUCCCGUCGUUCCAGGCGCUCGGCGGCCACCGUGCCAGCCACAAACGGCCGCGGCUGAUGGGGGACUUGAGCUUGCAGCUGCCGCCGGCGUCCCCGCCCAAACCCAAAACCCACGAGUGCUCCAUUUGUGGUGUGGAGUUUGCCCUAGGACAGGCUCUUGGCGGCCACAUGAGACGGCACAGAUCUGUUAUGAAUAAUAAUGACAGCCAUUCUUCCGGCCACGGUGACGCUUCGGCGGCGGAGAAGUCGGCGGAGAGCGGCGGCCGGAGGGCUCUGUCGUUGGAUUUGAACUUGACGCCGUUGGAAAAUGACUUAGAGUUCAAGUUUGGGAAGGUGGCCGCUCAUCAUCAUGUGCUUGACUGCUUCUUGUAGUGAUUCAUCAAUUGCAAUUCUAGAUUUCUUGGCUUUUUUUGAUAUUUUUUUUUAUAUUUAAUUUGUUUAUGGG